UGUGAAUGAUGUCAGUUCCUCCAUUAAUCACACAAGGGCCAGCCAGCCGGUCGGUGGACUAUAACAGUUGCGCGAUGGGGCUCGGGAAGGAGGUGGGGCCUCUCGAUGAACGUCGCCAACAGCAUCUACCCUUUCCUUCAAUUCAACCAUCUGCCCAUUUGCAGUGAAAGCGGCGAGUCUCUUCUUAAUUUAGAGCCCCUCCAGAAGAAGCGAUUCAGGCGCUACCAUCUAAAUUUAGCAAUCUUUACCUCCAGGUUUUUCCCUCUCAUAUAUAUUAUAUAUUGCCUGCAGGUUUAUCUAAUUGCUGAAAGGCCCGCCAAAUCGCCCGCCCAUUCCUCCACUCUCUCUCCUCCUCCUCCUUCUUAUUGUGUUCUUCCCCUUCCUGCCCUGCAUCGCCGUUGGCGUGCUACCAACUCAGAGAAAUGGUCACCAACAGCUUAGAACCGCAGCCGAAGUCGCUGUACAUCAGCAAAGAUGAUAAGUUCUUCAACAGGCUACUCUCCAAGGAGACCUCCAAUGGCAACACUUCAUGCAGGGUCUACUAUGGGGUAGCAGCAGGAGAAGUGCCCUUCCAAUGGGAAACCAGACCAGGCACGCCCAAGAGGCCUGCCCCCACAGAUCACAUCCCUCCCCUGACUCCUCCUCCUUCCUUCCUCUCCCCUAGGCCCCAAAGGAAGCAGCCCAAAUCACCAAUUGAUGUUUUCCCCAAGUUCACUGCGUGGAGGAAGAAGUCCCCAAUUCGCAGAGCCACCUCUAGCCUCCACGGCCGCUGCAGGCUUUACUCGUCCACCUCCUCCUCUUCCUCGUCCGCCGGCUGCGAGGAAGAAUUGGAGCACGCCGCCGGAUCGCCCACGUCUCCUUUCCGGUUUGGCCAGCUUCGCAAGAACUACUCGGAUCCGCAGGGGUGCCUCCCCAUGUUGGCUGUCAAGAAUGUGUUUUGGCAGGUCGCCAGAAGAGGCAGCAGGGCUUCUGUUCCUGCUUCCAACCAUCAGCUCGAUCCAUAUUAAGCUUGAUUAAGGUGGUGCCUUGCUGCUCUGAGGUUUCCCUUCUUUUGUCUUUUUUUUUUCCUUUUUUUGUUCAUCUCCCUUAUGUGAAAUUGUAGUUUACGAAGGAGGAUUGUUGUUCAUGUAAGUCUAGUGUUGCAUUCUGUUCAUGGAUGUCAGUCAUGGCUC